UCUCACUGUCUUUCAAUUAAAAUGGCUUUCUUGCUUUUUAAAUGUCAUAUUAUUGGCUAUGUACAGUAAAUAGUUAAAGUACACUCUCUGUCUCUGUCUCUAGAGAGAGAGAGAGAGGGGUUGUUAGUAGGGCAGAAUGUAACUCAGUGACUAGCAGCCCUAUAGCGUGCUGGGAUCGAGUUUCUUCCUGUCUGUAACAGAUCCCUCUGAUCUGACCAACACAGACUGGAUCUCAGCUUUUAAUGGCAGCCUCUCUACCAGCUAUCACAACGAGCUGUUUCAUUUCACAGCGUUUUGAUGUUAUGACCGACACAUCGACUGACACAACAACUCCGGACUGGAUGAUCCGACCCUCGGGAUGCCUGGGAGGUGUUCCCAUGGUCUCUGCUUGAACAGUGGCGCUGAAUACAAAGGAGACGGGGGGACGAGAGGAGACGAGAGGAGACGAGAGGAGACGAGAGGACCGUAACACCGCCACCUCUCUCCCGUAGCCUGGGAGGUGUUCCCAUGGUCUCUGCUUGAACAGUAGAUAGAUAGACAGGAGACAAGAGGAGACGAGAGGAGACGAGAGGACGAGAGGAGACGAGAGGAGACGAGAGGACGAGAGGACCGUAACACCGCCACCUCUCUCCCGUAGCCUGUGAGGUGUUCCCAUGGUCUCUGCUUGAACAGUAGAUAGAUAGACAAUAGAAAGGAGACGAGAGGAGACGAGGAGACGAGAGGACCGUAACACCGCCACCUCUCUCCCGUAGCCUGGGAGGUGUUCCCAUGGUCUCUGCUUGAACAGUAGAUAGAUAGACAAUAGACAGGAGACGAGAGGACCGUAACACCGCCACCUCUCUCCCGUAGCCUGGGAGGUGUUCCCAUGGUCUCUGCUUGAACAGUAGAUAGAUAGACAGGAGACAGGAGACAAGAGGAGACGAGAGGAGACGAGAGGACGAGAGGAGACGAGAGGAGACGAGGAGACGAGAGGAGACGAGAGGAGACGAGGAGACGAGGAGACGAGAGGACCGUAGCCGCGUGAAGCGAUGAACAGAUAGACAUGGAGGUGGAUUUUAAAGACAUUUGUUGUUGUUUAUCCAAACCCUGACAGACUGACCAUGCCGUCGCUGUGGAAACGGGUGACCUUUUCCUUUGCCGCUCUGCUCUGCGUGCUCUCUGCCACUCUGCUGCUGGUUGCCCUGGCGACCGAGCGCUGGGUCAGCGGGAGGAUCCUGUGUGGUACCGGGGCAGAGCUGGUCAGCGCCAACUGUUCUGAACUGGACAAGUUCACCGGACACAUCUACUACGGGCUGUUCCAGGGUCAGAAGACUAGGAGGUGUGGACUGGGAAACCGCAGCGCCAAGAUAUACAUCUUUUCUUCCCCUACUCUGGUACAGACCCUGAACACUGGUCUCUAUGUGAUGGUGAUAGUCUUCCUGUUGGUGGCCGUGGGGUUCACUCUGCUCAGCCUCUCAUUCUCUAUCUACAACGCACGCAAGGUUCCCUACCAGAGCAUUAAAGGCCCCACUGGACUCUACAUCUGGAACACCAUGGCAGGGGUGUUUGGGUCGUUAGCCGUCCUGUGUUUCUUAGCAGCUGUCAGACAUCAUCGGUUAACGGAACGUGUCUCUAACUACCAGGAGACUCUUUUCCAUUUCUCCAUUCUGGAUGAGCGACUGGAUUGGUCCUUCUGGCUGGGCGUGGCCAGCGUCGCUACGCACGGUGUGGUGUGUGUUGUCGUGGCAAUGAGCCGGAUCAAACUGCCCAAACCACAGAACAAGAAACAGUCCGAGCAGCCAACUGUCACCGCUGAAGUCCUCAUGUACUGACACACACACACACACACACACACACACACACACACACACACAC